AUGGCGAUCUGUACUUAUAACGCACGUACGCUUGCAUCGGAAGCGGCCAUCGAAGAUCUGAUGAUGCAAGCCAAGAAGAUCAAGUACGACGUCAUCGGACUGACCGAGACGAGACGACGUCACCCUCUCAACACCGUAUAUGAGACUGGAGAAGAACUGUUCAUAGAAACAUGCGACAGUAUAGGUGUUGGAGGAGUUGGCGUCCUCGUCAACACGAGUAUGGCAAAGAACAUCGACUCUUUUAAACAGCUUACGACCCGAAUCGGACGUCUGCGGAUGAGAAGAUGUGGCCCAACACCAGCUUUGACUAUCUUCGUCGCCUACGCUCCAACAUCAAGCUACAAAGAAGAAGAAGCCGAAGCUUUCUAUAUGGACCUGGAGAAGUUCUACCGAGAAGACCAUGCCUUCUACAAGGUCAUAAUUGGCGAUUUCAACGCCGAGGUUGGCCCAAGAAGAACGCCGGAGGAACUUCACAUUGUGACCCACGGCCUACAAUGGAAUGACCAGGAGGAGAGGCUCUCCGAGUUCAUCAUGACGACUAAGACCAUCCACGGGAACUCGCAAUUCCAGAAGCCCUCCUCUCUACGCUGGUCGUGGGAGUCACCCGGUGGAGGGUACCGUAAUGAAAUAGACCACAUCAUCAUCAAUAAAAGGUUCUGCCUGACGGACGUCGGUGUUGUACCAAAGUUCUAUACGGGAUCGGACCAUCGCCUCCUCUGA